UUUUACUGUUCUGGAGCCCUCCAGUGAUGGGCGGGAAAAUAUUUUGGUGUUUACGGAUGUGUUCUCUAAGUACACUGUUGCAGUCUCCACAAGAGAUCAGAAAGCUAUUACGGUUGCCAAAGCUUUGGUGAGGGAGUGGAUUCACAAAUAUGGUGUCCCGCAGAGGAUCCAUUCAGAUCAGGGGAGGUGUUUUGAAGCUGAAGUGAUUCAUUGUCUUUGCAAAUUGUACAAUAUAAAGCAAACCCGAACAACACCAUAUAGGCCCCAAGGAAAUGGGCAGUGUGAAAGGUUUAACAGAACCCUUCAUGAUCUUCUUAGGACUUUACCACCUGCUAAAAAGAGAAGAUGGGUAGAGUAUCUUCCUGAUGUGGUAUUCGCCUACAACACCACUGAGCAUGCUAGUACUGGGUUUACCCCAUAUUUUCUAAUGUUUGGUCAGCCGCCCAAUUUACCCAUUGACAUUCUGCUGGGUACGCCAGUAGAGGAUUUUUCAGGGACCAGAGAGGAUUGGAUCCUGGAGCAUCAGAAUCGUCUGCAGGGGGCGUUUCAGCAAGCAAGAGUGCAGCUGCAACACGCAGCAGCUUUACGAAAGAAGUAUCAUGGGGCCCCGACUCCUGAUAGUUCAUUACAGAUCGGGCAACUUGUGUAUCGUAGGAAUCACAAUUUUCAAGGGAGGCACAAGAUACAAGAUCUAUGGAUGACUAUUCCAUUUCGUGUACUAUCCCGGCCAGAUGCAAACAAGGCAGUAUAUACUGUUGCCCCUAUUGAUGGCUCUUCGGCUCCUAAGAAUAUCCAUAGAACCGAACUGCGCCCAUGUAGCUCUGAACUGGAGUUUGAGGAUGUUAAUGCAAGAGCUCGGCAUGACCCCAUGGUGGAGGAUUGUGAGAUUUCCUCUGAGGAUGAAACGGAACCCUUAUGGGUUAGGAGGGAAGUGAGGACAGCGUCUAGUGACAGAAGUCUGAUGGAGUCUAGAACGGUGGACAAUGAAGAGCUAGGAAUGGGGUCAUCGUCCUCUGAGGGAAGUGAAGACGCACCUGUUGAUCUGUUAGAUGGCCAUGAUAGUGAGAGUAGUGAUAUGGGGGAGGCUCGUAGCCAAAGUGAGGAGAUAAAUCGGGUAACAUCUCAAGAGCCAGUACGUCGAUCUUGUAGGCACACAGCAGGGAAGCAUACAAAUCCUUUCCAUUUGCCUAGGUCAGUGAAGGGAAAUAUGGGGGAGAAUGAGGCUCACUUAGGUGUACAUGUUAGUGUGGUUUGCUUAACCAUCCUGAAAGACGUUUUGUCUGCUGUAGUAACCAGUUUGGGACAGGUAGAAGAGACCCUGUAGGUGAAUGCAGUGUCAUGCUUGGUUUCUAUUAAUUUUUGUCAUAUUAUUAUUAUUACUUUUUUUGUUUUGUUUUGUUUUGUUGUUUGUUUGUUUGUUUGUUCCUGAUAUUAGUUUUUUUGUUGCUUUGUUUGAUCUUAUUAUUAUUAUUAUUACUUGUUUUUUUCUCAGAAGGUUAUUAUUGUUUUUCUUCUUCUCUUUCAUCAUCGAGGCGAUGAUUUGUUUCGUGGGGGGGUAGAUGUAAUGGGCUCCCAUAUUAAGUGCAUUACGGUAGGGGCGCUACUGCGUCUAUUACGGUAGCUGAGGGCUGUAGCGUAAGCUAGGAAUGGCGGCAGCCAGUGGGUCAGUAGUGUGUAUGUACUCGGCCAUGCUGCGUGGGCUCUGGGAACACUAAAACUCAGAGGGAAACACUCUAUUGUGCUGGGGAUUGCUGGCCACUGAGGGGAGCUGUGGCUGCAUUUAAAGGGUUAGUAUUCGAUAUGAGUUUAAAGGGGGAAAUUCUGAGCAUGUAUGCUUAAUGGUGUAUUAUGUGAUCUGUAGGUGCGGAUUUUGGUGGAUAACUUUGGUGUGGAGCCCACAUGAGAUUCUUAUGGUUGUCAUGGUUGCUGUAUAUGGCAGGUUGUUUUUUUUAAGAUAA